AUAAACUGUUCGCGCGACGGCGCGAGCAAAUGAAAAAGUUUGGGACGACAAGAAAAGAGAACAAAGAGCUGGCAAUGGCGUUGACUUCAAAGUCAAUUCUUUUUAUUGAUCCAAAUUUUUGAAAGAUUCAGGCUUAUCAAUCGUUUGGAAUCGAAAGCAGCGUGUAAUACAAAUUUUGGGUUGUCAAGCACUGAUUAUGCACCUCAAGUUUUACAAGAAACAAGUCAAGAACUUGAUGAAGGUGAGAAGAAAACGGUGUGAUUUCUGAAGCUCAAAUGAAGAAAACUCGAGUGGCGGAGGGUGAGGCUGAAGGCCAACACAAACAAAACCGCACCAAAUCUGGGAAAACUCAAGCUCAAAGGGAUGCACAUAACAAAAGCUGUCAACGGUCUCGACAGAGAAUCAAAAGGAGGCGUGAGGAGCUUGAAGAGGUGGAGACCAAGUACUAUGAAAUGGUCCCGAAGUUUAAGAAAAUGCAAACUGAGAAUCGGGAGAUGAAACUGGAGCUUGUGGAAGACAAAUCUAUAAUUCGAAAGAUGGAAAAUGAUAUCCAACAGCUUAGGACAACUCUUGAGGCUCAGAUUAGAAACGAGGCACGGAUGAGGCAAAUCCCCAUGGAAUGGAAAGUCAAUGGGCAAAACUUUACUUCUUUUGACGAGUCCGUAGGAUGGUUUUUGACACAGACGAAUGUGCAAGAUGGUCAGGCUUCUGGAACUUGUACAACUGUUUUAAAUGAUGCAGAGGCAUGCAACUUUCCACUUUUUAUGGCUGAUUUUGGUCAGCAAAUCGGUUUCGGCCAGGACUACACCAAUGCUGCAAAUCAUGCUGGCUCCUCCUCUGCUGCAGGAGUUUGGAUUAAUUCUGUUGCUGGUUCCUCGGAUGCAAAUUAUGAUUAUUCUGAACUUGGUGUUACAAACAAUCAUGAUAACCUUUUCGAUAAUGACCUUGCCGCCGGAGUUCAGACUCAUUCUGCUGCUGUCCUCUCCUUGGGGGCAAAUCCUCAACUGCCCAUUGCACAUGAUGCUACAAAUGAUCACGAGAAUGUUGGUGAUCUUUUCACUCUUGGUCCUGAUGCAGUAGGAUUUCAGCCAUGUGAAAAUCCAUCUCCAGGGACAGUAUGGGAAUGGUCUUCAUAAGACUCAACACCUCAAGCAACACUUUAAGUCGUCGAUAAUCCAUCUGAAGUGUUAUCUAUGUCGGCUCUGAGUUUAUCAUGAUGUUGUUCCCUCCAUUGUUUCUGUUAAAUGAUGUUGUUUCACAUUUGCUAAAUAAGUUUCAUGUAAUCUUAUAUCAAAGUUGGAUGAAGAAUUGGAGAUGGUAAUCACCGGCAUCGUUGGAGAUUGCCAAGAACUCCCCUCGUCUUUUACAAUAAUCGCAAACAUAUGCUUUAGCCA